GGCUCACACGCUGGAGGAUUGGGGGAGCGAAAACGAAAGCGAGUACGGGACGUAUUCGAGUUUUUGUUUGGCUUGGGGCCAGCGGGCUAGGGUUGGGAUACCCGUAGUAGGGUUGCUAUGUGUGGGUUUCUUGUGGUGCUGAGUUAUACACGAGUGCGGGUAUGAUACCAGUACUGUGGGAUGAAACUCAUUGGAUUAGUCCGAUAUCUGGAUCUUGGAUCGCAGCUUGCCUGUACUGCAUUUGGAAACUGGGCUAGGCACUCCCGCCUCUAGGUAGCAAGUUAGUUGAUUAGUACUUAAGUUGUGCGUCCCCCCCCCCGAUGAAGUGGUUGAAAGAUUAGAGUUGGAUAGUAAACACAAACACUUGGAUUCCUUUUCUUACCUUGCUUAUUUUUCUAUAAAAUCUUAUUCGGAGCGCACGAUAAGAGCUUUCCUUAGGCUUCGAUAAAGGGGUUCACUUCUCUUCAGUUUCCCUCUGCUUCUACGUCAAACCACAUUUCGAUCCUUGGGUGCUUGCGAGCGCGGGAGUAUAGCCAGAAUGUCGGAUAAUGACCCGGGAAAGUUCGAAUACUACCACUACACCCCAUCACUCGUCGGAGCUGUCAUCUUCGCCGCGUGCUUCUUCCUCUCCUCGGGAUGGCAUAUAAUCCAACUGACAAGAACCAAAACAUGGUACUUUAUCCCAUUGGUAAUCGGCGCUCUCAGUAUGACCCCUAACCUCCCCCCCCCCCCUCCCUUCCUCCCGACACUACUAACACACUCGUAGUGGAGGCAGUAGGCUACGUCGCCCGCGCGCUCUCUCACAAGGACCGCUAUUCCUUGCCACCAUACAUAACCCAAGCCCUUCUCCUCCUCGUGGCGCCGGCCCUAUAUGCCGCCUCCAUCUACAUGAUCCUAGGCCGACUAAUCGCAACCAUCGAGGCCGAGCACCACUCCAUGAUCCGUGUAAACUGGCUGACCAAGAUAUUCGUGGCCGGGGACGUGCUCAGUUUCCUGAUGCAAUCGACCGGAGGAGGAAUGAUGGCAAAGGACAAGGACUCCGCCAAGAUGGGAGAGCACAUCGUCCUGGGCGGUCUAUUCGUGCAGAUCCUCUUCUUUGGUUUCUUCAUGCUCGCCACCAUCAUAUUCCACCUGCGGCUUCGGAAGAACCCGACUCAGGCUUCGCAAAUCGGCACGGUGUGGAGGACGCUUCUGAUGGCGCUAUACAUCGCCAGCUUGUUUAUCAUGGUCAGGUCGGCGUUCAGGGUUAUUGAGUACAUCCAAGGGCGGGAUGGGUAUCUGAUGCAAAGGGAGGUGUGGCUGUACAUCUUCGAUGCGGUGCUCAUGUUUUCCGUCACUGUGCUCUUCAAUAUUGUGCAUCCGAGCAUUGCGGUGCCCGGGAGGAAGGGGAAGGGGACUGAAGAUGGGUAUGCGCUGAGGGGUGGAAAUUUGAGUUAGGCUUCGGUGGGGGAGGUCACGAGUGAGAGGAUAUGGACAACUUUACACAAUAUUUUUUCCCUCUUUUGCUUUCCACUUUUUGGUUUGUUUGUUUUGUCUUGUUUUCUACUAUAUUCCUUUUUCUCUUCUUGUUCGCCAUUAGCAUUUAUUUAUCCUAAAGAGUAAAUCCCUUCUAACUUAUCAUUCACUUCUUCUUCCCCUUC